GACAGAAAGAUAGAGAAGAAUUGAGUCUUGUGCCGGUCAACAGGGAAUAAAUAAACGUGGUGAGGACGAUCAUCUUAUCUGUAAUCUUAACUGAAUCCUGAAGCUGUUUGCAAAUAUGAAGCAACUGUGGAUCAUAGGUCUGCUGUGUGCUCUUCUUGCAUUCUCAUCUGUCAGAGCAGAUGAUGAUGUGGACAUCGACGGGACAGUAGAGGAGGACCUGGGGAAAAGCCGGGAUGGCUCCAGGACCGACGACGAGGUGGUCCAGAGGGAGGAGGAGGCGAUCCAGCUGGACGGCCUGAACCCGAGUCAGAUAAAGGAGAUCCGGGAGAAGUCGGAGAAGCACGUCUUCCAGGCUGAAGUCAACAGGAUGAUGAAACUGAUCAUCAACUCCCUGUACAAGAACAAGGAGAUCUUCCUCAGAGAGCUGAUAUCCAAUGCCUCUGAUGCCCUGGAUAAGAUCCGGUUGCUCUCCCUGACCGAUGAGAAUGCGCUUGCUGGCAACGAGGAACUGACAGUCAAAAUCAAGUCUGAUAAGGAGAAGAACAUGCUCCACAUCACGGACACGGGCAUUGGCAUGACCAGAGAGGACCUGGUGAAGAACCUGGGCACCAUCGCCAAAUCUGGCACCAGCGAGUUCCUCAACAAGAUGACCGAGAUGCAGAGCGAGGGCCAGUCCACCUCCGAGCUCAUCGGUCAGUUCGGCGUGGGUUUCUACUCCGCCUUCCUGGUGGCCGACCGCGUCAUUGUGACCUCCAAGCACAACAACGGCACUCAGCACAUCUGGGAGUCGGACUCCAACGAGUUCUCGGUCAUCGAGGACCCCCGCGGGAACACGUUGGGCAGGGGAACCACCAUCACGUUGGUGAUGAAGGAGGAGGCAUCGGAUUACCUGGAGCUGGAGACUAUUAAGAACCUGGUGAAGAAAUACUCCCAGUUCAUCAACUUCCCCAUCUACGUCUGGAGCAGCAAGACUGAGACCGUGGAGGAGCCCAUCGAGGAGGACGAGGCUGAGGCCGAGGCAGAAAAGAAGGACGAUGCCACCGAAGACGAAGCUGAAGUCGAGGAGGAGGAGGAGGACAAGGAUAAACCGAAGACUAAGAAGGUGGAGAAGACCGUGUGGGACUGGGAGCUGAUGAACGAUAUCAAGCCCAUCUGGCAGAGGCCAGCAAAGGAGGUGGAGGAGGAGGAGUACAAAGCCUUCUACAAGACCUUCUCACGGGACACAGAUGAACCCAUGUCCCACAUCCACUUCACUGCCGAGGGAGAGGUCACGUUCAAGUCCAUCCUCUUUGUGCCUAGCAUGGCACCACGGGGGCUCUUUGACGAGUACGGGUCCAAGAAGAACGACUUCAUCAAGCUGUUUGUCCGUAGAGUGUUCAUCACAGAUGACUUCCACGACAUGAUGCCUAAAUACCUGAACUUUGUCAAGGGCGUGGUUGACUCCGAUGACCUUCCCUUGAACGUGUCCAGAGAGACCCUGCAGCAGCACAAACUCCUCAAGGUCAUCCGCAAGAAGCUGGUGCGCAAGACCCUGGACAUGAUCAAGAAGAUCGCCGAGGAGCAGUACAACGAGAAGUUCUGGAAGGAGUUCGGCACCAACAUCAAGCUGGGCGUGAUCGAGGACCACUCCAACCGGACCCGGCUGGCCAAGCUGCUGCGCUUCCAGACCUCCCACAGCGAGUCGGGGCUCUCCAGCCUGGAGCAGUAUGUGGAGCGCAUGAAGGAGAAGCAGGACAAGAUCUACUUCAUGGCCGGGACCAGCAGGAAAGAGGCGGAGUCCUCCCCCUUCGUGGAGAAGCUUCUGAAGAAGGGCUACGAGGUGAUCUACCUGACAGAGCCCGUGGACGAGUACUGCAUCCAAGCCCUGCCCGAGUUUGACGGCAAGCGCUUCCAGAACGUGGCCAAGGAGGGCGUGAAGUUCGAGGAGAGCGAAAAGGCCAAGGAGAAGAGGGAGGCACUGGAGAAGGAGUUUGAACCCCUCACCACCUGGAUGAAGGACAAUGCCCUGAAAGACAAGAUUGAGAAGGCCGUUCUUUCCCAGAGGCUGACCAAGUCUCCCUGUGCCCUGGUGGCCAGUCAGUAUGGCUGGUCUGGGAACAUGGAAAGGAUCAUGAAGGCACAGGCUUACCAGACAGGAAAGGACAUUUCCACAAAUUACUAUGCAAGCCAGAAGAAGACUUUAGAAAUCAACCCCAAACAUCCUCUCAUCAAGGAGAUGCUGAAGAGAGUCAGCGAUAACGCAGAGGACCAGACGGCGGCUGACCUGGCGGUGGUCCUGUUCGAGACGGCCACCCUCCGCUCAGGGUACCAGCUGGCCGACAUGAAGGCCUACGGGGACAGGAUAGAGCGGAUGCUGAGGCUCAGUAUGAACGUGGACCUCAAUGCGCAGGUGGAGGAGGAGCCAGAGGAGGAGCCAGAGGAGGAGCCUGAGGAGGAGCCUGAGGAGCCAGCAGAGGAAGAGGAAGAAGAGGUGGAAGUAAAAGCUGAAGAGGAGGAGGGGGAGGAGGCGGCAGAAGAAGAAACGGCCACGACAGGAAAAAGAUCAACGGAUGAGUUGUAAAGCAACGACCAGGGGAGGGGCGGGGCCAGGAUAAAAGACUGGAACCAAGGAGCCA